AUGGCAGAACCAUGGCCAUCGCAUUCGUCAUCAUCUCGUGGGAAAAAGAAGCGACCACGCUCUCCUAAUGACGAUGCCACAAGUUCACAAGGCAGAACCGAGAACAGCACAAGCCUUGAGGACAACCUUAUAUUCAGUGAUACUUUGAUAGCUCUACAGUUGAUGCGCACACAGUUCCCAAAGCUAGAGAAGGUUGUAACACAGCCUUUCAUUUUACAGUCCCAAUUGUAUAGUAGUGUGAAGGACAGGACACAAGUUGAUAGAGAUUUGGAGUCACUGAAGAAAGACAGAGUACUCCGUGUAUUCAAACUCAAUACUGGGCAGGAUGACCAUGCAAUCAUGUUCAUGGAUGAUUAUCUUAAACAGAUGGAAUCUGCUGUCAGGAGGUCAACGGGUAAAAACAAAGAUGGUAGUGAAGUGUUCGACUGGUUUGAGAAAUAUGUUCUGCGUUCGAAAUUGGAUGUUAGCAUUGAUCACCUAGAGCUGUGCUCACUGUUAUCACAUGGUGGUGAUGCAAGAGAUAAACAUAUCACCUUAUUGAUGAAUGCUGGUCUCCUGACACGCCAACUAAUAGAUCCAAACAUGUACUGGUUUUCUAUUCCAAGUAUUGGUCCUAUCUUGAAAGGCCUAUCCCAGGGGAGGAAGGAAGUUCUUUCAUUACUGAACCGUCGGAAGUACAAGGAGAUGGUACUAUCUUCACUGGAGAAGACGAGGUUGAGGUUAUCACCUCUCGAUGUGCGGUUCCACCUCCGUGAUCUGAUUGGGUCUGGUCACAUAAAGACGGUUCAAACACCCACUGGCUUACUUGCUCGCGUGUCAACAGAUUGA